AUGGAGAAUAAAAGAGAAUUUUAUUUGUUAAUUGAAUAUUAGGACCUCCUAAGAUCACUUUAAUUUGUAAUUAAAGAUGUGCAGGCAUAGAGAUAAAUUUAAGAACCUACCUUUAGUUUUUUCUUCAAGAAGUAAAUUUAUUACCAAUUAAGAGAUUAUGUUCUUGAGGCUAAUUUCGAAAAAUAUGUAGUAAAAUCAGCAUCGAAGAUACAGGAAUUCUUAUUAUAUAGAAGUAGUCUAGAUAAAUCAACGAAGUGGAAUUUUCUUGAUAGACUUUGGGAUAUUUUGAUUUACAAAUUUAACUUUGUUUAAGAUGAUUUAUACCAUAAUUAGAAUUCAGAUGCUUACGAUAUUUCCUUUGAAUUUGUCAAAUACAUUAUAAUCUUAGUUUAAUUAAUCUGA